CCUCCUCUUCGCCCGAUGGACCGCACGAAGCAGACGGCGCGCAAGUCCACCGGCGGCAAGGCCCCUCGGAAGCAGCUGGCGACGAAGGCGGCGCGCAAGUCGGCCCCGGCCACGGGCGGCGUGAAGAAGCCGCACCGCUUCCGCCCCGGCACCGUCGCGCUGCGCGAGAUCCGCAAGUACCAGAAGAGCACGGAGCUGCUCAUCCGCAAGCUGCCCUUCCAGCGCCUCGUGCGCGAGAUCGCGCAGGACUUCAAGACGGACCUCCGCUUCCAGAGCUCCGCCGUGUCGGCGCUGCAGGAGGCCGCCGAGGCCUACCUCGUGGGGCUGUUCGAGGACACCAACCUCUGCGCCAUCCACGCCAAGCGCGUCACCAUCAUGCCCAAGGACAUCCAGCUCGCGCGACGCAUCAGGGGCGAGAGGGCCUAGGCUCGGGGCCGCCGGCUGUAGCUAGCUGUUCGUGGCUGGUUUGAUCCGGUUGUAGGGAUCUUGGUUCUGUUUGUGUUGUUGAUAUGAUUUACCGUCUGUUCUCUUCGUGGCUCCUGUCCUAUGUAAGCCAGAUGCUGAAAUGAAAUGGAAAUGCAGUGUUGUCCUAAA